UGGUUGUGUUUUGCGUUUGUAUUUUGUUUGAAAAAAAGGUCGUCUUGACAACAGUAUUUUAAAAAUUUAAAACAAAUUUAAACGAUGAUUUUAUUAUGAAUUACAUAUAUAAUGGACGAAGUUCAUAAAAGUCUACCCCAAAAUCCAGAAACUAAAAAUGUCCUUCCGGACGUCGUUCAUUCUCAACAGAUCACUGCUUUGGGGAGUGAAGAAAAACCCGAUAUAGACACGGGACAAAAUAGACAGGUUUCGCAAGAUAUCUCUAUAAAUGUGGAAAGUGUUAGUGAGGCUGAGUCAGUAUCAGAACAAAUUCCCUCCAAAAUUGAAUAUUCUCUAUCUGAAGCGAAUGUUGGUCACUCACAGUCGAGUGAUUUGUUAAGACCUGAUACAAAUCCUGAGAAUGUUUCUCUCAGAAACUCCCCUCACUUAGCAAUAUCUCACUCCCACAGUAUUAGCCCCUGUGCCCUAGAUGCAAAGCAAAGCACUUCAUGGAAUUUAGAUAUAGACCCCUCGGAUGUUCACAUUAGUAAUGAGAGCCCUGUGAACCUACCAGUGUCAUCUGAUACAUCUAAAGAUGUACCAAAACCAAAUCAGUCAAAAUCAUCAAUGUAUAGUGAGCAGGAUGAAAUUGAAUCACCCAAAAGUGAUUAUAUUGACUCAUUAAAUGAAAAUGGGAGCCAAAAAUCAGCCUCCAAAAGUAAUGAAAAUCCCAUUGAAAGUGCUACACAUGAUCAAAAGUGUGAAACCGUUGAAAAAUCAAACUCAGGAUCUGAAGAGAUUAUAAAAUUAGAUAUUAGGGGAAUGGGUGCCCCUAAGUUUCCUUUAGAAUCAGCCAAAAUAAUAUUUGGACCUCCACCUGAAGGGGCAGUGAUGAUGGGGCCCACUGUAGGACCAAUUCCAAUUUUCCCUAUCCUGACACCUCAAGUUGACACAGAAGCAUUAGAAAUAGAUGAAGUAUUUCAUGGCAGGAUAGCAGAGACUGAAGAAUCAGCAGUCAUUGUGGAGGAAAUCUUUGAUGAAACAGACAUUCAAAAAUCCUCUGAUAAGUCUUUAAGUUCAGAGGGUAGUGAAAAGUUUGAGCAGGAUGUUCUAGUAGAGGAAGUGACAGUUGGCUGCGACGUAAGAGAGAAAAGAGACGGGGCUCAGCCUAAAUCACUUGCGCCCGAAGAGACCAUGUCAUUUAGCACUAUGACCACUGAUUAUAAAACCAUUUGUGAAGAAUACCAUGUGAAGCUUGUGCAAUUUGAAGAAGCUAUAAGCCAACGUGACCACCAAAUUGAACAACUGAAAAUCUCAUUGCAGAGGUAUCAGGAGCUGCAUAAUGCUGAACACUCUGAUGAUACUAUAAAAGCCCAAUUAUCUGAUUUUAUCAAAUACCAAUCAAUGCUAAAAGACGACUCCACAAAAUUUUUCUCUGCAGUCAUGAGCGGUACUGGUUCAUUACCAAGUUCAAAUGGAGAGAAAGACAUGGACCGAGAAGAAAUAACAGUGAACUAUUCGAAAUCAGAUAUUCAAUCUGCAUCGGAAUCAGAUGAUUUUCAAACAGGCUUUGAAAAUAAAGUGUCUAUACUUUUAAAUAAAUUUGAAGGUUACAUAGAAGAUAAUUUGCGUAAUAAGUUGCGAGAAAGUUUGAUCCAAGUGUUAUGUGAUGAGAUUGGUAAGAUGCGAAUGGAAUAUGACACGGACAUCAGAGAUCUUGAGAGCCAGAUGCGGCAGGAUAAACAAUCGUACUCGGUUGAGACACGACGACUCAGAGAAUUAUUGAGUUCUGUUAAAUCAGGUAAUGCUGAUAUAGAUGAACUGAAAAAAGAGUUGAGCUCGAAGUACGAAAAAGAGAUGGAAAACUUACGAAUGUUUUUCGAAAAGAAAUGCUCAGAUAUGGAGAGGAGGACUAAUAGCUAUUCGGAGGAGGUGUGGCGAGGGCGCGCGUGCGUGUCGCCCUGCUCGGAGGAGGAGGGUGCGGGCGGCGCGGGGGGAGCGGGGGACGCGCGCCGCCGCACGCGCUCCGCCGACCUCGCGCCUGCGCUGCGGCUCGAGACUUCUACACCAAUAGAUUUCUCUCAGAAGCAAUCCACCAAGAAACUAGAGCAGCAAAUAGAAGAAUUGAAAGCAGAGCAUCUCGCGUAUAUAAACGAGCUGCAAGCCCGGCACAAGGAAGAAAUUGUUUCACUUGAAGAACAGAUAACCCACUUGAAAGCGCACAUACAAACUGCGGAGAACACAGAAGCCAAUGUCUCCUUGUACCAGCAGGACAUAGAUUUGGAACUUGAGAAGGCGCGGCGCGACGAGGCGGUGCGCAGGCAGGUGCUGGACCAGCUGCAGGAACAGCUGCAGGUUCUCCUAUCGGACCCCGACGCGGAGUUGUCUAGUUGGCCACUCGAGCUGGUUGCUCUACGGGAGAAGAUACAUGGGGAUAAAUCGCAGCAGGAGAAAGAAUUGUCGAGUCUCCGUGACGAGGCGCCGGGCGGGGACGCGGAUAAAUGGCGACAGAAGAGGAAUUACACCUUCGAUCAGAACCGACAGCUUGAGGAGGUCACAAAGGAGAGGGACGGGCUGAAGCGCGUGGCGGCGGCGCUGCAGCGCGCCGUGUCGCAGCUGGUGGCGUACUGCGCCAGCGCGGAGGACGAGCUCAACCGCACCGUGCUGGCCACGCUGCUGCCCCAGCUGCUGUCCAAUGACGAGAGUCUAGAUGUGGAGUCGCGGCCGGGCACCCCGGCGGAGGGCAACGCGAGCGCGGUGUCGCGGCACGUGCACUUCGCGCCCGACCUGCAGGGCAUCCUGGCGGCGCUGGACGAGAGCGGCGCGGGCUGGCUGCAGCAGCAGCGCGACCUCAGCGCCGACAUCAAGCGCGAGCUGGAGCACUCGCUGCGCCGCCUGCGCCACGAGGCGCGCGACCUGCUCGACCUCGCCGCCAGGCUCGCUCUAAAUAAACAAGAGAACGAGGUAAAAACGUUGGAAUCGAGCUCAAUGCAGAUAACGGAACUCGUCGACGAAUUGGAUUCAAAACACGCCCGUUGUGACAACUGCGAAAUACAGAAAAAGCACAUGGAGGAGGCGAUGUCGGAGUGGGCGCAGCGCGAGAGCCUGCUGCGCGCCGAGCUGGACGCCGCCGCGCCGCUGGACAGCGAGCGCCCGCACACUGACGUCAUCGAGGGGUACGGCACGGGCGGCGCGCGCACGUGGGCCGAGAGCGCGGCGGGCCGCUCGCCGCGCCGCCUCGCCGACGCGCUCGCGCGGGAGCGGGACGACCUCGCGCAGCAGAACGCAAGGAAGGAAAAGUCGCCUGUGCACAAAAUAUGUUGCGACAAGCUGGAGGCGGCGAACCGGCAGCUGCGCUCGACGCGCGACUUCGUGGAGGAGCAGACGGCGGAGCGCGAGGCGGAGCGCGACGAGUUCGCGGCGCGCCUCGCCGCGCUGCGCGACGAGAACGCGCGCCUCGCCGCGCGGCUGCACGCCAACGCGACCAUCCUCGCCGAGAUACGCGGCUUGCGUCUCGCACAUUGCAACUGUCGGCAACAUGACGCACAUGUGGAACAAUUAGAAAAUCAAACGCGAGAAAUGAACCAAAUAAUAACGGAUUUGGAAAGAAAGAAGGCCGCGUCGGACGAAGAACUCAAAGCCACCGAGGAGAAAAUUAUUCUGUUGCGGGAUAUUAUUGCUAAUCUGGAAAGUCAGUUGGAGCAGAAAACGAAUAGAGAGGCCGAGGUGUUAGAACAGUUGGAGGAGAUGAAACGGACGAUAGAUGAAAGGGACAGCAAGAUGAGGGCGGUGCUCGGCGAGCUGGAGUCGCUGCGGAGUGAGCGAAACGACACUAGUGAAGUGGCGUGCGCUAAGUGUUUGCAAGAGGAAGACAAAUAUACGGAAUUUGUCGAGAUGAUCAAAGAGCAGGCGCGCUGGCUGGAGGAGCGCCUGCUGGCGCGCACGCAGCGGCUGGAGCGCGCGCACGAGGUGUGCUCCGCGCACGCCUCCGAGCCCAGCGAGGACCUCUCCAUUCGCGAGCAGAAGGCGGGGGCGUGCACGCCGGCGCGCACGCCGCGCGUGGAGCGGUGCGAGGCGCUGGCGCGCGUGUGGGGCGGCGUGGACGCGCUGCAGCGCGCGGAGGACGCGCUGCUCAAGCGCCUCGCCGACCUCGAGCUGCAGCGCGCCGCGCUCGCCGCCAGCGCGCAGGAGGUGCGCGCGGAGCGGGACGUGCUGCAGGCGCGCAUGUCGGAGCAGGCGCUGCGCGUGUCGUCGCUGGCGGCGCGGCUGCAGCGCCAGCGCAACGACGCGCACGCGCUCGCGCACUGCGCCGCCUCCGAGCUGGGCGUGCGCCUGCACGACGCCACGGCCGAGGUGCAAAGACUGAAAGAAGAAUUGGAAUCCAAGGACAAGCAUUUGGCGCGACUCAAGCAAAUUGCGGAAGAGAAGGAGAAGUUGAGCGACCAACACGCAACGCUCUAUGGUAACACAUGCAACCCGAAGGACAAGGUGGUGAUCCUGGAGCGCGAGCUGUGCGCCGCGCAGGCGCGCAUCGCGCAGCUCGAGGGCGGCGCGGCCGAGCUGCGGCGCCGCCUGCGCCAGCGCGACCUGCAGCUCGACCAGAUCAUGGCUCUCAAACUGGAAGAUGAACAGAAUCAAAAAAGUGAAGUUAUAGAGGCGAAAACAUCGGGACGAACGCUGAGCGACAUUGUGUCUAUAUCGGAAUAUGACGAGCAGGACUUGCAAAUGCGCCGCGCUGAGCUAAAAACGCACAAUUCCAGUCUCACGGACGCGCCUUACGACACCAGAGACAAAACAUUGAACAAGACGUUGCCCCCCGACGUGCAACGACCCAACAUGAGUUCACUGAACAUCGACUACGUCGACAACACCGACGGGUACACGCCUCGAGCUGAAUCUCUUCCGGCCAACUUCACCCCCGCUCAAAACAGUAAUAAAUUCAAAAGAAACGUCAAUGAAACUACCAUAUUCGGCACUGUGGAAAAGUUUGGAGAGAGUGUCAAACAUUCAACCGCUCAAAAUAUACAAGAUAAUUGCUCAAUGUAUCCAAAUCAAAAUGUUAGUGAUAGUAACAAUAUAAGUGUCGAACCGAAGAAGAUUAACUUCUCGUUAGAGCCGUCAGAAAAUAAAACGCACCUCGAUUUUACGUCGUUGCAAGAAUUAGGAAUAGCGUUAGAUAUGAAACAAGAAAACUUCCCUGACAUACUGUCGCAAUUAAAACACGAAAUAAAGAAAUCGAGAACAGAAUUGGAAAAUUGCAAAGAGGAACUGAAACAUGCAGAAGAACAAUUGUGCGAAUUCCCGGCGCUAAAAGAAGAAGUCGAGGAGUUAAAAGGUCUUUUAGAAAAUACUAUGGCGACGAUGGAAAAAGAUAAGAAAUUUUACGAGAGUCAACUAGAAAACUUUUCUUCAAAUAAGAAUUUACUUGAAGAAAAGCUUGCAGUAUUAACCCAAGAAGUAAACGAAAAAACAAAAGAUCUAAAUUUGCUCAAAGAAGAUAUAUUAAGACGCGAAACUAUGAUAUUAGAAUUGGCUAAAGAAAAGCGGAAUUUGACUGGAAAAAUAACUGAGUUAGAAGCACGCAUUAAUGAUUUGCAUAACAGAAAUACAAAUUUAGAAAAACAUGAACUAGAAAAUAAACAGUUAAGGGACAAGGUUACCGAAUUACAAAAGCUUGAACAGUUGGUCUCUGAGAAAAAUCAACAAAUUGAUAGUUUAAAUCAGCAUCUAGAUAGACUCGAUGAUUUACAGCGACGACUCAACGAUAAAACUGAAGAAGCAGACAACCUUAAAGAAGCACUGGAAGAGAAAUCAAAUGAACUAUUCCAAAUGCAGGAUUCUGUCGUCGCAUUGAAUCGUGACAUCACAAAAGUGGUCGAAGAAAACGAUCAGCUAAGCUCAAAUAACAAAGAACUUAAACUUAGACUGUCCAAAGUAGAAAAAGAACAAGAGAAUGCAUCUUUAAAACUACAGAAUAGCGAAAGUGAACGGGAGAGGCUCAAUUCAUUGAACAGUGAACUUACAGCCAAGAUAGAAGAAUUGAAAGUAUUGACGGACCAAUUGAAGGAUAAAGAAGCCGAGAUAGAGAUACUGCAUGAGGAUAUAAAUUCAUAUCACAGUGAGAUAGCGUCAUUAAAGGAGCAGCUCAAGAUGGUGUCCCGCAGUCCAUCACCGAGAAAUAAGAGCGGAGAGGAGAGGAAGCCGGAUAGGCAAGCGGGAGAUGACAGGAAGCAGCUGAUUAAGAUCAAGAAGCAGAUCUCGCUGUUGCAGCACGAGCUAGACUUUAACAAGAAGGAACUAAAUGAUAAGGCCUUCGAGCUGGCCAAAGCGAAGUUGGACGUGACAGAGCUGAAGAACAACCUCAGCCAAGCAGCCAAGCGUUCAGUAGACGCCGAGCAAAAUGUCUCCGAGCUUCAAGAGAGGAACCAGCAGUUUCAGCGACAAGUGCAACUGCUGCGGGAGGAGAAGCAGCAGCUCGCGGAGCGACUGGAACAGCUGGUCGCGAGAUUGCGGGAAGAAGGCAACAUAAGCGAGCUGAAGCAGAAAUUGAAAGACAAAGCCGAGCGAUGCAGCGAGCUGGAGGUCGAGCUCAGUAGCAUGAGGGAACUUGUUGAGAGGUUGCGGGGCGCGGGCGCGGGCGCGGAGGGCGGCGGGCGCGCGCGCGCGGUGCGCUCGCCCACGGCCGAGCUGGAGCGCGCGCUGCGCGUGCAGCUGCAGGCCUCGCGCAGCCUCGACGACGACAUCAUGGAGCGGAUAUUGUCGGCAAGUAGCGAUGACCAGGAAGAAAUACCCCGACUGGCUCUUGACUCAUCCAAAACGUCCAGCAUCCACUCGACGUCAUCGGACCGGUACCAGCGCGCACGCGCAGACGCGGAGCGGCUGCAGCUGCAGCUCGAGCAUCUGGAGGCGCGCCUGAGGGACAAGGACGCGCUUAUUAGCGAACUUAACAGGAUACGCGACAAGCUGACGGCGGAGUGCGAGGCGCUGCGCCUGCGCGAGGAGGCCGAGAGCGACAACUCCGCGCGCCUGCAGCUGCUGCUCGACGCGCAGCACCACACCGCCGCCGCGCUGCAGAAGCAGGACACGAGCAUGAUAUCGAUCCUGAAGCGGCGGCUGGAGAGCGCCAUGCAGACGGAGCAGGAGCUGCGCGAGCGCGAGCAGCACCUGCUGGCCAGCCUGGCGCAGCACGACGCGCACCCGCCGCCCGAGACGGAGACGGUGAGCCGCUUGAAGAGCGAAAUCCUCGUGCUGAAGUCCAGGGUGGAGUCGGAGCGCGCGCGCGGCGACGAGCUGCGGCGCGAGGCCGAGCGCCACGAGCGCGCCGCCGCGCGCGCCACGCGCCACGAGCGCGCCGCCGACCUGCUCGCCGCGCAGCUCCGGGCCGAGCUCGCCGACCUGCGCAGACUGAAGCACGAAGCGGGCGUGGAGCUGGUGCGGGCGCGCGAGCUGCUCAGCAUACAGAGCGACACCAUCCACCAGCUCGAGGACAGGCUGGCGCACGCGAUCCGCUACCUGCAGGGGCGGUGCCUGCGGCUGGAGAGCUGGCGCAAGGCGCUGGUGUGGCAGAAGCACUACUUGCAGCGCGUGCUCGCCGGCUACCGCGAGGCCGAGCGCCGCCUUCUGCCCGCGCCGCCGCAGCCCCCGCUCUCGGGCCGGCACCGCUUCCGAUGCAUAGUGAACGUGGUGCGCACAGUGAUCCGCAUGGGCUAUCUCGUGCGGCGCAGGCAGCAAGUGCGCGCUUCCGCCGCCGCGUGCCUGCUCCCGGGCACGCCGGCCAGUCAGCGCGACCCGCUCGGCACGCCGGCCGACCGGCGCGAGGCGUGCGGCGCGCCCGGGCGGCGCGAGCAGCGGGAGCAGCUCACGCCGCUCGCGCGAGGGCUGACGCCGGCCACUCCGCAGGCGAGCACGCCGCUGCCGCGCGCGCCGGCCCGGCUGGGCAGCACGCUGGCGCGGCGCCUGCUGAAGCAGGACCCCGCGGUCACCCUGCCGCCCGACUAUCUGGACGACAGUCACCGCUCGCCGUACAGCAGUUCCCCGCGUGAGCAAAGGUUUAUUCUAAGUUCGCCGCGCGGCGAGGCGGCGUCAGCAUACCUCAGCAAGCUGGAAGCGGUGAGCCGCUGCCUCGGCCGGACUCUCGACGACAAAGACAAUCCUUGACCACGCGUUCACUAGUGGCGGAACUGUGGAACCCUGUGGAACUUUCCCCACCGCUCGGCACACAGCCGAGCGUGGAACCUUCACCAGUGAGCCUUAUUACCUCCGUGGAACUUUUACCGACUGUGCUGUUAGAUAUUGCAAUUUGAUCAAAUCAGGUUCUUUACAUUAGUGGAUUUUUACACACUUACAGCGUACUGCGGUUUUCACGCUAGGUGCAAAAUUUGUAAUCUUUUCUAAAGCACGUGUUGUGGAACGUUUCCCACACGAAACUCAGGCUGUGGAAUGUUCCACACUAACGUAGUGGAACUCUUUGCACUGAUAGGAUCCAUGGGCACUUUUAAACGGUGCUCUACAGUGCCACGACACUUGAUAAUAAUGUAUCUGUAUAUGGAAGAGAAGUGGAACAUCACACCCAUCGAAUGAUUGCAAAGAUUUUUUGUUUAUUUAAUGUAUUAUUUAGUUUAUUUCUCUAUUCUAUAUGAAGUGAUCGUUUGUGACGCACUCACGGUGCUAAUGUAAAUUACAAUGGGUACUAUUUUUAAUCUCGGUUUAUUCGAUCUGAAUGAUGUCUAACGCAUUUCCUCACAAAUUAGUGUAAGUAUUAGAUUAGUGCCAAAACGUAUUAGCUAUUAUUGUGUUACUUAAUUUAUUUUAUUUUAAGUCGGUUAUCUCUCCGCCUAUGUGUGUUAGACGUCCGUUGCCUUAUAGUCUAAGAGCUGGCCGGCUCGUGGAUGUAGUACGAGAGAUUGUUGGUUUUUUUCUAAGACGAUUAGUGAGUAGAUGUAUCAUUGUAUGAAAAAUUGUUCGAGCAUAAUAGUAAUAUGUAUAGAUAGUAGGUACGUGUGUAGUGAUGGCCAGCUUCCAUACUUUUGAUAUGAUUUUUUUGAUAAUUUAUUGAAUACUUUUGACAUUGAAAUUGGUAAAUUAGA